AUGGCUGGCCCCGCCUCUCCUAACGAAGGCCCUACCUACGAACCACCACAACUCCCGCCAGGAUGGAUAGCGCAAUGGGAUGGCACGAGCAAGAAAUACUAUUAUGUCCAACUCUCGACUGGCAUUUCACAAUGGGAGACACCAACCCAAGCUGCGCCGGGAAAUACGCCUGCCCAAACCACCGAGCAUCCAUAUGGAAUUCCUGGUCAGCAAGAACUCAUCACGCAUCCCGACGGCACACAAACCGUAAAACAUCCCGAUGGCCGCAUGGAACCAAUCUUGACCACCGAGGCUACUAGAGGACUUGAUGGACCCUCGGGAGAAAGAGGAUUUGGUAGUUUUGCGUCCAAUGCAUUGCUGAACCAACUCUCCGGCGGCCACGGAAAGCCUCACAGUGGCGGUGGUCACAACUCGGGCUCUGGCGGUCUAGGAGGUCUUGCUGGUCAGUUGAUAGGUGGUCUUGGAGGAAGCCAUAGUAAUAAUCACGGAGGCUCAUCUGGUGGCCACGGCGGAGGCACUCCUAGCAAUCUCGUAGGCCAACUGGCCUCGAACUUGUUCUCCUCAGGCCAAAAACCUCAGCAGUCUCAGAGCUACCAUGGAAGCGGAGGACAAUCCCACCCACCUCAGCACUCCGGAGGGCACUCCGGAGGCCUCGCCGGCUCUAUGAUGGGAGGUGUUGCGAGUAUGUUUGGUGGACAUGGAAAUCAAUCAGGUCAAAAUUACGGUUAUUCGAAUUCAGGCCAAGCAGCUGGAUACAGUGGUCAAGCUCCGCCAACAUCUUACCAACCGCCGAACGCUUCAACGCCGUCCUACAGCUCCCCGGCUCCCCAUAAACAAAGCACACCUUCAUACAACCCUCCUGCUCAGCAUGGCACACCACAAUACCCACCUCCACCUAGCCAACAUGGAGUGCCCUCAUUCCCACCACCUCCUGGCCAGACAGGAGUUCAUCAGAGCACCACCUACACCAGCUCACCUCCCGGCCAACAGCACCAUAGCCCUCCUUACGGCGGGGUACAACCUUCAGCACAGCAUCAUAGCUAUGGACAUAGCCCAGCUCCUCAAGGACAUGGUUAUUCGCAACAACCACAAUACGCGUCACCCCCACCAAACCAGCCUCAAUACAAUGGCCAUCAACAAUACCCACCGCCUCCCCCCACGUAUAAUAGCCAAUCGUACAGCAUGCCACCACCACCACCGUCAGGUCCUCACGGGUACACAGGACAACCAUCCUAUGCCAAUGCUGGACCGCCAAUCCCUACGGGGACGCAUCCUCAUCACGGCCAGGCGGGAGGGUACCCCGGCAAUUGGUAAUAAGACAAAGAUGUCGACUGCAAUUGGGGUUCGAUGAAUUUUUAGGCAUAUUAUAGACCGUGGGGUUUAUUUUUCUCUCGUUUGCUGCAUUAUGGCCGAUUCAUACAUAGGAUCGAUUUUGACAUUGACUUGCAAGCAGUUUAAAACAUGAGUUGAUCCACGAAUGAAAUGGAGAUAAUG